AUGCACCUAGCGGCUUUUCAAUCCUCGGUGUUCAUCACUGGAACCCUCGCGGCAACUGCAGCGGUGGUCAACUUUGCCAAUAAUACUGGAGCUCCAGAGCACCUCGCUUCAGGAACUUUAUACGGUCUCCCUGAAAACGGGAACCAGAUUCCGGAUGAGUUUUUCAGAGACAUUGGUUGGCGAUAUGAACGAGCCGGUGGAGCUCAACUGCCUGCUCCCGCACUUGGAUGGAUCUGGGGCUUGACCGACUAUAAGAAUCGGUUCAAGUCAGCACUAUCUAAUUACCAAACCACCCUCAAACAUGGAGGCCAGUUUGUGUUUCUCAUCCAUGACCUUUGGGGAGCAGAUGGAACACAAAACUCAUCAGCACCGUAUCCUGGAGAUAACGGAGAUUGGACAAGCUGGGAUUCCUAUCUCGCUACUCUCUUCUCUGAUAUGACAGCCAAUGGCAUGACCAAGGAUAUAAUUGUUGACAUUUGGAAUGAGCCAGAUGGCGCUGGAUUCUGGGCGCGUACACAAGAACAGUACUUGGAGAUGUGGGGACGCACGUAUUACAAAUUCCGUGCUGAAUUUGGAACCAAAGUGCUCCUAUCUGGCCCUGCAAGUGCUGGCGAACCCCUUAAUAAUAGUUGGUUUGCGAAUUGGUGCUCUUACAUUUCCCGCAACGGUAGCAUUCCAGACCAAUAUGCAUGGCACAUGGAAGGCGGAGGCGGCGAUUUGCUGUCUGCCCACGCUGGUUUGCUUGGUUAUCUCAAAGAAUACAACCUCCCUACUCGCACUAUCAAUAUUAAUGAGUAUGGAGUCUUCAAAGAACAGGUUCCCUCUGGAUCCGCCUGGUGGAUUGCUCAGCUUGAAAGAAUCAAUGCUUUUGGCCUGCGAGGUAACUGGCUCAGCGGUUAUCAACUUCAUGAUUUCAUGGCCAGUCUCAUUGGCAAGCCUGAUUCCCUGAGCAAUUACAGCGCAACCUCCACGGGCUAUUUCCCUGUUGGCGACUAUCAGGUUUACAAAUAUUAUAACCUCAACAUGACUGGAAGUCGGUAUGGGACCACGCCGUCUUCAGAUCUUGCACUGGAUGUCUAUGCUACAGCUGACCGGGGCCUCGCACGCGUCCUUGUGGGUGUACGUGUCAAGACUGGGACCUGGGAAUUAACUCUGAAUAAUCUGACCUCCCUUGGCCUUGCAGCCAGCGGCAGUUUGGAUAUUCACACUUAUGGAUUUCCUGCAGUUGAGCAGUAUCAGCAGUGGGCCGAAGUUGACAGCCCAAUCGACCUGGGAUGGUAUUCCCACCCAUACUCUGAUGGAUCCGUGACGUUUCCUGUUAACCAGGUUACUACGGAUACUGCCUUUGCUUUUGAAUUUGCUUACUAA